AUGGUUGGUUUUCUUUCCCUUGUCACUCUGUUUGUGGCUACGCUUGCCAGCGGCAUAGCCAGCGCAACCUACCUACAGAGGCAGGAUAAAUUUCGUGUCGAGACGCAUGUCAACGCUGGCCUCAGUUUCAACAUGGUAUCAUCCCUCAUUAUUGGAUCCGAGGCUGCAGUGCUGAUCGAUGUACCACUUGCCGUCCCUGAAGCAAAGGAACUGGCGGCGUGGGUGCGAAACACCACGGACAAGCCUCUCGUCGCCGUUUUUACGACGCACUUUCACCCCGAUCACUACCUAAGUGGAGGUGCAUUCCUCGACUAUUUCCCUACUGCAAAAUGGCAAAAGACGCUUGGUGACGACAAAAUUGUGUCCAAUACCUCCAUUCCAACCCCCUAUGACCACACCUUCUCUACGUUGCCCGGCGACGAAGGCACACCCAUUGAGCUCGUGGGUCUAAUCAGCGGCGACACAGUUGAUGUGACGCUCUUCUGGAUCCCUUCCACCCGAACCUUGAUUGCGGGCGACACCGUCUACAGCCACGAGCUGCACAUCUGGCUUGCAAUCGCAGGGUUAGAACUGAUUGAGUCCAUGAAGCCCGAAAAUAUUGUCGCUGGACAUGCGCUUUCCGUCCGAGGUUCUACGGCGCAGCAGAAUCUUGCCUACAGCCAGUCCUAUCUGAAGUUUUGGCAGAAGAAUAUUGAAGCUAAGGGUCUUGAUUUCUACACCCCGGAGCAAAUUGUGGACAGGUUUAACAGCACGUUCCCUGGACUGACGGGUAAUCUCGUAUCGGCGACGUUGCUUAAUAUUACAGCCGGACAGUUUGGAAAGGGCGGUACACGUCAAUACCGUGGUGUUGAUUUGCCUGCAUAUAAUAACACGACGUAUUUAGAGGCUUGGAACAUCUAA